UAUAAUUAUUAUUCAUGACUAAAUAUAAGAUAAAAUAAAGAGGAAAAGAGAUGCAAGUUAAUUUUCAGUAUUUGUAUGUAAAAUUAAAGAAAAGUCUUGGUAUUCUAAAAAUAGCCUGUAAAAAUGCUGGAGUGCACAGUGCACUGUAAAUAUUGAAACUUGUGUAGUCAGACCAUUCCUUAAGUGCAGUGUCGAGGUUUAAAAGAAAGAAAUACAUAAUUUCUAUAUUUUUUCAACUUAUGAAACUGCCAUCUAAGGAAACCCACUGUAUGGUCAUGUGACUUUUUGGCGGUAAUGAAUCAGCUUACCUAUUAUAUACAUACUUUGGUGUCAUUUUAACAAAAAUAGCUGGCGACAGAAAGGAAUAUUUUAUUGAAAUUGUUAUGGAACAAACUGUUAUAAAUUUACUACAGAAAGUUGACAGAAGAUUAGAGAACAUUGAGACACAGAUUUAUAAACAAAAUGAUAGAUUGAAUUCUUUAGAAAAAAUUGUAAAACUUACUAGUGCUCAGAGUAAAUUGGACAGUCAGGACAGUGGUACAAAAACUACAGUCAGUUUGGGUGAAAGUGAUAACUUCCUAAAUCAUGUGAAGGCAGAGCUAAGAAAUGUGGGAAAAGGGAUAACAGGAGAUGGAAAAAUUAGGCCAAAAAUAAAGAAGACUAGUUCUUUUAACGAGAAACCUUCUGUAAAGCCAGUUCGGGUCAGAAGAAGUCCUCACACCAUUCCUUCAGAUAAAGAUGAAGAAAGAAGAAUUAACAGCUUCCGUCGGGAAUGCUUGUCAAAAGCUAUACAAUGGAAUCUAGUUGAUUUGAUAAAUGCUGUGCCAGAAAAACAUGAAUUUGUGCUCCCAAAAUGGCUUAGUAGGGAAGAGGUGAAAUUUAUAAUGGAAGGAACGGACAGGAAAAACCACUUCAGGCGAUUCCUAUGUGUUCUCAGGAAGAAGGAAUUUGGAACAAUGCAGGAAUGGCUACAUAUUUGUGGGUUUGACGAGAAAGUGGUAAAGCAGGUCUGGGAAACGUUCCAGGAAUUUAGUGACAAAGAUAUGAAUAUGUCAAGAUUGAAGUGUUUGCGAUGCAGACUUAUUGACGGUGUAAGUGUUGUGAAGGUGGCUGAUUAUUUAUAUAGUGCCGAUAUUUUGACAUCAGAGCAAGAAUAUUUGAGAAUUUCCAGUUCUGAAAGACCAGUCGGUGCUCAGGAUGAACUCUGGAAAUACGUUUUGCAACAAUGUGAGAAGUAUAUAUGCCCAGAAGUAGUUGCUAUAGCUUUGAAAGUGGCGCUGACAGAUCAGCUGAAUAUAGUCGAUGAUGAUGAGAUAUUGUCGUACGAGUCUUUGCUUAAUGACAUUGAUACCAGCGAUACUCGAGAAUUACUAGCAUGCAGCUGCAAUGUCAGAUGUUCCCAGUCACUUCAUCCACCAUCCUGUCUGAAAACAAUGUCUCUAGCUGGUGUCUAUUUUUCACCACCAACUCGGCGAAAACGAGAAAAGUCAUCAUCGUCAAGCGGAAGUCCACAGUCCAGUAGUUCCUCUAACUCGUCUGUUGAGACCAUUUGUAACAGUACCAAUGACGAAAGAGGAGAUAGAAAUGAAGACACUCUGAGCCCUGAUAAUGAAACCUUCCUGAAACAACCUUUUGGUACAACUAAAAAUGAAAAGCAGAAAUUAGAUGGAAACAGUACAGUUUCAAACCUCGCAUUAAGGCCACGGAGUGCCAGGUCAAGGUCAUUGCGCAGAAGGUCUCAACAAAAAGUUGAAAAUUUUCCAUCCGAUUCAAGCAUAGAAAAUUUUGAUAGAGAAAAUUUAAAAGCUGGUCCAGUCAGAAAUAGUUACAAGUCAGUAACAAGCAACCUUGAAAAUAAACAAAGUGUGAUACCAGUUCACGCAAAUACAGUGUAUAUUGACACUGGAACAAAAUAUAGUAUACAGCUACGAAAAGGAAUAUCUAGCGAGAGUUCUACUGAACACUGAAGUCUCAACCUCACAGUUUUUCCAAAGUUAAAGCCUCUUAAAAGCCCAGGAACAAAAUUGUACAUUACAUUUUAUCUGCAUUAUGAAACUGAAAAGCUGUUUCAACUAAUCACAAAUAGAAUAUGAAUCAGGGAAACAUUUACAUGAGUUUCAAAAUUUUCAAGCACUGAAUAAAUACUAAAGUGAUGCUGGCAGGGAAUCUAUGGAUCAUAUGUAACUUUCUCCUAAGUAGAAUGUACUAAUAUUUACUGAACUGGUUAGUCCAUUUUAGUGGAUUAUGAUCAUAGAUCAGAUAAAUGGAUAAGUUUUUCUUGGACAAAACCACUCGCAUGAUUUUGAACAAGUAGGACAAGAAACACCUCCCAUUGUGCUGUAGAGUUGUUGUUAUAUUCAUGGGAGUAUCAUUUCGAAGAGAAACACUGUUUUUUCGAAGAGAAUGUUGCAGAUUGUUAAAGCCUUUUUUUGUGACAUUUUACAUUGGGAUUAGUAUUUAUUAUUAUUUACUUUAAAUUAUUAGAUAUUAUUUCUAUUAAAGAGUUAUGUUCCUUUAUUGGUGAUGGCAGCUCUAAUUUCAUGUUUUAUUCUUUAAGAAUAGUAUUAAAACUAAAUAAUAAAUGUAUAACUUAA